CGACGAGACUAUCAUGUCCGUCGAACUAUAUAUAUAUAGCUCUAUAUAGAUUUAGAAAAGCGCGACAUCUGUGGCUGGUAAAAAAGAUUGCGUGCUAUUCGAAUUUCCCGCUCCGUUAUAUCGAAAGUGGAUAGCGAGUUAUUCGGGAGAAAUACAUUUUUAGGAGUUCAAUGAAUUCAAUUGAAUAAUUUACGAGUUAUUCUAAGUACCAGAUAUCUUGAAUAAGAUUCAUCAUAAAUUUUCAACCAUUUCAACUAUUUACCUAUAUUAGAGCUUUUUAUCAGUAUUGUAAAAUAAAAUCUAAAGUAGAUAGAUCAUCGAUAAGAUAUACCUAAUGAUCGACACUGAUCUUGGAAAACCGGAUAUACAUAUAAUCUGUCUAACCAAACCUAUAUGCAACUAACACUAUAUCGAUUCGUGUGCACGCGUGUGUGUGUGAAGUGUAUAUAGCUGUAUUACUGGAACCCGCGAUUGUUGCGCUUGCGCUAUGGCUGUUUUCUGCAAUCUGCUGUGUGGUGGUUCCGCUCUGGAUGACUCGAGACUGAUCGACACUCAGCAGCUGCCGAUACGUCUACAAGUGUUGCACGUGAGUCGCUCUUGCAUUACUUUUUACGCGUUUUCCAGUACCAGAGUAUUAAAGAUGCCGAUCACCCGUGAAGCUGUGGACCAGCUAAUUGCCUCCGACAAGGUGGUAAUUUUCUCAAAGACCACUUGCCCAUACUGCAAAAUGGCCAAAGAGGUGUUUGAUAAACUGAAGCAAUCAUACACUGCCAUCGAAUUGGACAAGAGAGACGAUGCUGAUGAAAUCCAAGACAUUCUUGGUGAAAUCACUGGAGCUCGAACAGUCCCAAGGGUAUUCUUGAACAAGGAAUUCAUCGGAGGAGGUACUGAUGUGAAGAAACUGUAUGAGAGCGGCGAACUUGCCAAGAAGUUGUAGCUGCAAUACUCAAGUUUAUUGUCAAGACUUUUUAUAAAAGUUCUUUUCUAAGCAGGACAUUUAUUUCCCAAUCAAAUCACGUGAUUUACUUUUUUUUUAAUUUACCAACACACAAACAUUGAAGAACAAUAAAAUAUAUCUAUGUAUAAAAUGAA